GUUGGCCUGAGGCAGCAACUCGACCAGGACAGCCGGGGCGACGGGACCUCACGAUUUUUCCCCAAAACCCUCAGUCAACCCCCCAAUCCCCGUAUCCGGAGUACCCAAUUGAGCCACCCCAGCCAUUUCAAAAUGCUCAGCCAACUGUCCCGGGCCACGCGCUCUCGCUCCGCCGUUGCGGCCGUUUCCCGAGUCGCCAGAGGCCCUGCCGUCCAGGUGAGGGGCUUCAUUGCGCCUACCAUCUCCCGACGAGCCGACUUCGUCCAGGAGCUGUACCUCAAGGAGCUCAACGCCUACCAGACCCCCGCCGUCAAGGCCUCGGACUCCGUUGGCCAGGUCCAGACCUUCAACGAGCCCAAGACCCCCGUUUCCCCCGAGGAGACCGACCUCGCCAGCAACCUCGCCGCCUACGAGACUAUGGCCGUCGAGAUUGAGGGCCAGGACGUUGCCGCCCAGUCCGCCACCGGUGCCACCGAGGCCCCUGACUGGCUCGAGGCUGAGGAGGAUGACGAGCCUCACCACUAAGCGGGGGUUUCACGGUCCGGAAUAGACGCCCGGUCGACCGGCUGCGGCCCCUCGCGGUCUUCAGAUGUUAAUUGAGGGGGACCAUGAAAAGAGGGAGGUGGCAUCGCCCAACGGGAGGAAUUGAAGUGAAAGGGGUUACAGCAGCGGAUUGGGGAUGAUAAUCCUGUGUACAUUUUCCUAAAAACAGCCUUCGGUUGCCUGUAGGAACUCAUUGAAUGCGAAAGCCAAAUGAAGCAAGCAACUUUGAUCGUAAUGUAUGCUGCCUCGCUUGAACCAACUUCUCGUGAGGCAUAAAACACCCUGACAUGUCUAAGUGCGCAAUCUCACUUUGAUCAAUCCUUAAUCAUUCUGAAAGAGGUAGUGCAAUUGCGUC